GUUGUCUGUUUUGGGUUUGCAAUAUUGAAAAUUCUGUUUGUCCCUCUUUUUUCUCUCAUCUUCCAUACCUUUUGCCUUAGGUUUUUGGAGGCCCCCCACUCCUUUCUCUUCUCCUCUCCUCUCCUUGUUUUAGGGUUUCAUUAUCAAUUACCCCUUCUCCCUUCUUCAACAAUCAACAAACAAAGGCAAAAAAUGGCUUCUUCAUCCAGCUACUCAAAUUCACCAUGUGCAGCAUGCAAGUUCCUGCGAAGAAAAUGCUUAGCGGACUGCAUAUUUGCGCCCUACUUUCCACCCGAAGAGCCAACCAAAUUUGCCAAUGUUCACAAGAUCUUUGGAGCCAGCAAUGUGAGCAAGCUCCUCCAUGAGGUCCACCCUCAUCAGCGCGAGGACGCCGUCAAUUCUCUCGCCUAUGAGGCCGAGGCUCGUAUGAAAGACCCCGUCUAUGGCUGCGUUGGAGCCAUCUCUAUCCUCCAGCGACAAGUCAUUCGCCUCCAGAAGGAGCUUGACGCUACGAAUGCUGAUUUGGUUCGAUAUGCCAGCGGGGGCGCUCGCCCGUAUGGACGGAGGGCAGCAGCGCAGUCUGGUGUGUGUUUUAUUUCCCCCUUGAAUAGUAAUGAUCGUCAUGAUCCAUAUUGCCAUGAUAAAGAGGAAGAAAAUUGAACCUUCUCUUCUUUGAGAGGUCUCCAAUUGUUCAUCCGAUGUUCUUCUUCUUCUUCUAAGCUUUGUUGGGUACUUUUUUUUUUCCCUCAUCAAUCAUAAAGGUGGUGUUUUUGGUGUA